UAUAGAUCAAGACUAGAGCACCAGCAGUCAGAUUCUUCUAGCACCUGUUCUUCAAGCAAUGUCGGUUGAUCUUGAGAAUUCCCAGACGCCCCAUACGCCUCUUUGGACCUUAAAGGCGUGCCAAUUACUUGGAGCUGCUGCCUGGGCUUGCUUCGGACGUUUCAUUAAUGUGUUUUGGUCCGAUGUGGGUGUCACACGAGCAGAGAUUGGUGCCUUGAGCCUAGCAACGAUGAUUGCUUCCUUCAUUGGACAGCUUUUUUGGUCCAUGGUGACAGACCGCCUGGGUGAGUACAAGCGGGUUUUGGUUGGUACAUCACUAGCUGGCACCAUCAUCAUUUUCUUCAACCUCGUGCCAGCAGUGCAAGUGAGUUUUUGGUGGUUGGCUCUGGUAUGUGUGAGCAGCUCUUUUUUCCUCUCCACUGGUGGGCCAAUCAUUGAUGCCAUGUGUUUGUCGGUCCUCGCGGAGCAGGAGAGUGAAGAGCAGUAUGGGGAGCAACGCUUGUGGUGUGCAGUAGGCUGGGGUGGCAUGAGUUUGAUUGCAGGGCAAUUGAUCGACACCUUUGGCUUGGGCUUCAUGUUUUGGGGCUUUGCUUCAAUCCAGGCAAUCUAUUUGUCCGUAUGCUUGUUCUACAUGCCCAUGCGCAAAAAUAAGCAGCAAGCUGGGAGUGGCGAACAAUCAUUGACCCUCAAGCAGUUCUUGAACUUUGAUGUGCUUUGGUUCUUCGCCAACCUCAUCGUGUAUGGCCUGGCAAUGUCUGUAGUAGAGUCCUUCCUCUUGGUCUUCCUGAACGAGGAUUUUAACGACACUCCAAAAGUGUUGCUGGGUGCCAGCACGACUGUGAUGUGCCUAUUUGAAGUACCGGUGUUCAGAUACAUUGACAGCCUUUGGGCAGAGCGAAAAGAGAGGCUCACCUCAGUGCUCAUGGCCUGCAAGCUGGUUUUGGCCUUCCGUUGCUUUUGCUACACACUACUUCCGGCCUCGAACCCAUGGUUAGUGCUCUUGAUUGAGCCCUUGCACGGCUUCACCUUUGCAGCCAUGUGGUCAGCAACAGUUGAGUAUGGUCAGCGAAUAGCUCCACCAGGCUGUGUUGCAAGAAUGCAGGCCUUAGUCAAUGGCAUCUACUACCAGAUUGCCAUGGGCAUUGGCACUGCGAUGUGGGGACCCCUUGUAAUGCAACCUCCCGGAGGCCUUGGAUUUCAAAACUGCUUCCGACUGGAUGCUGCAGGAAUUAUUCUUUGGGGCCUGAUUUGGCAGGCAGGUUUGAUGAUCCGACGUCGACGUCAAGCAGCCAGAAGUGCUGCGAUCAUCACAGCAGAACAGCCUUUGGCUGAGAUUGCUCCGCAGGCCUGAUGUGCUUGGUUUUUGCCUUCACUGUAGGGAAUGGCCAAGCAAAAAGUUGAACCCAGAGCAAACACCCGAGCUGCUUAUAUACAUAUGGGAGGUGAACUGCCCUUUUCUGGGUGUUCACAUGGAAUAUGGGGUUUGGACUCCCUUCACCUUUGCCUAAUUUUGAAGCAGAUGUCCAAACUUUGCUGUAAGAAACAAGGAUGGACCUGCAUGGAUUUGCUUGAAUCCCAAAGCUCAUGGCCUUUGAUAUCCCGUCUCACCGUCGCAAGCUGCUAAGCUUUCUCAGCUUUUCUCGAGUUUCUCAGGUGGGUGUGG